UCAAUUUUUUAAUCAACUUAAUACUUGAAAAAUCUCUUUCUCUCUCACAGACACAAUAUCAAAGCCACACAAUUACGAUCGAUCCAUCGAUGUCAGGCGCCAUAGUAAUCGGAGCAUCAGGCUCAUGGGCACGGGCAAUGUUGAAGAUCUCCCCUUAUACCUUCUCCGCCAUCGGUAUCGCCGUCGCUAUCGGUGUUUCCGUCUUAGGCGCCGCCUGGGGAAUAUAUAUAACAGGAAGUAGUUUGAUCGGUGCAGCAAUUAAAGCUCCUCGAAUUACCUCGAAAAAUCUUAUUAGUGUCAUAUUUUGUGAAGCCGUUGCAAUAUAUGGUGUUAUCGUGGCCAUUAUUUUACAAACAAAAUUGGAGAGCGUCCCAUCCUCACAAAUAUAUGAACCCGAGUCUCUUAGAGCAGGAUAUGCAAUCUUUGCCUCUGGGAUUAUCGUGGGUUUUGCAAAUCUUGUAUGCGGGUUAUGCGUGGGAAUUAUUGGGAGUAGCUGCGCCCUAUCUGAUGCCCAAAACUCCUCAUUGUUUGUGAAGAUCCUUGUGAUUGAGAUUUUCGGUAGUGCAUUGGGUUUGUUUGGUGUGAUUGUGGGAAUUAUAAUGUCGGCUCAAGCCACCUGGCCUUCAAAAGUAUAAUUUUGGCUUCUUUUAGAUGCUGAAGAACACAAAUACUUGCGUGUGCAUAUCUAGAGAAGUGCCUUAGAAACGGAAGAAGGAAUAAAUAUGUGGUUUGGUGUCUUUAUUGAUUCUUGGUAUAUGUUAGCCAAUAAAGAUCGUGUAGAAUCUUUAUUAUUCAUGUAGAGUACUGCAAGCUUUUGUAAUUUCAAUUGUUUCAAAUGUUAAAUCAUGUCCACAAAUACAAGCAUUUUGAGUUAUGAGUUUCGUUGAAACUGAAA